CCCUUAGGCACUAAAACCCAGUUUUCCAUAAAAACUUAUUUUUGCAAAUAGUUCAAAAAAUAAGGUAAAAAAGCAAAAAAAACUCUAAAAACAAGCACUUCACCUUCAGCCUCCAUGCUGCAUCUCUCUCUGCAUCCUCCGCCAUUAACAAACAAUCAAGCUCACUAACAAAUACAAUCUCAAAAUGGGCGACGACAACACUAACAACAUCACCAACACCAACACCAACACCAACACCAAUACCAUCACCAACAACCGUAAGAGAAAACGCAAUCGAAAACCCAAAACCUCAGAAACCCUAGAAAAUCCCACCAUGCCACCUCCAAUCACCACCACAACAUCAAAUUCAUUCAACCAAUCCGACGUCGUAUCAAACAUGGACCUUGUCGAACCAUCCCCUUCUCAUCGCCGUCGUCCCCGCAACCGUUCCCGUAAAUCUCCUCAAACCCCCGACACCAAUCAUCAACUAACUCCGGCCUCCAAUGGUUGUGUGACCCAUAAUGUAGCUGGUUGGGACCCAGCUGCCCAUGGUGUGUCAGCCCGUGUCGUACCAGCUAUGGAUGCAGUUGUGAAGGUAUUUUGUGUUCAUACUGAGCCGAAUUUCUCGCUUCCUUGGCAGAGAAAAAGGCAGUAUAGUUCGUCAAGUAGUGGGUUUAUUAUAAGUGGGAGAAGGGUCUUAACAAAUGCUCAUUCUGUCGAGCAUCAUACUCAAGUGAAGGUUAAGAAACGGGGUUCUGAUACCAAGUAUUUGGCUACUGUUCUUGCUAUUGGCACUGAGUGUGAUAUAGCUCUGCUUACAGUUAAUGAUGAUGAGUUCUGGGAAGGGGUUUCACCUUUGGAGUUUGGGGAAUUGCCUGCUCUUCAAGACGCUGUAACUGUUGUUGGUUACCCAAUAGGAGGGGAUACUAUCUCCGUUACCAGUGGAGUUGUCUCUCGUAUAGAGAUCCUGUCUUAUGUCCAUGGGUCCACUGAACUUCUGGGGUUGCAGAUAGAUGCCGCCAUAAACUCGGGGAACUCUGGUGGUCCAGCCUUUAAUGACAAAGGAAGUUGUGUGGGCAUUGCAUUUCAGUCUCUUAAGCACGAAGAUGUGGAGAAUAUUGGCUAUGUUAUACCUACACCCGUGAUCAAUCAUUUUAUUCAGGAUUAUGAGAGGAAUGGAGCAUAUACUGGGUUCCCAAUUCUUGGUGUUGAGUGGCAAAAGAUGGAAAAUCCUGACUUGCGUAUUUCAAUGGGGAUGAAAUCUGAUCAAAAAGGUGUACGUGUCCGACGAGUGGACCCUACAGCUCCUGAGUCAAAGGUUUUACGGCCGUCAGAUGUAAUCCUGAGCUUUGACAGGGUUGAUAUUGCAAAUGAUGGGACAGUUCCUUUUAGGCAUGGAGAACGCAUAGGUUUCAGUUAUCUUAUAUCUCAGAAGUAUACUGGAGAUAAGGCUGAAAUCAAGGUGCUACGUGAUUCAGCUACACACACUUUCAACAUCAAACUUGGUACUCAUAGGAGACUCAUUCCAGCUCAUAGCAAGGGUAGACCUCCAUCGUAUUAUAUAGUUGCGGGAUUUGUAUUCACAACUGUCUCAGUUCCAUAUCUUCGUUCUGAGUAUGGGAAAGAGUACGAAUUUGAGGCACCAGUGAAGCUUCUGGACAAGCUUUUACAUGCUAUGCCGCAAUCAAAAGACGAAGAGCUUGUUGUUGUAUCUCAGGUUCUUGUGGCUGACAUCAAUAUUGGAUAUGAAGAAAUUGUGAACACUCAGGUUCUUAAAUUCAAUGGUAAACCAGUAAAGAACUUAAAGAGCCUGGCAAAUAUGGUGGAGUCCUGUGAGGAUGAAUUCAUGAAGUUUGAUUUGGAUUAUGAUCAGAUCGUCGUUCUUCGGACGAAAACAGCAAAAGCUGCUACUGUUGAUGUUCUUGUUACACACUGUAUACCUUCUGCUAUGUCGGAAGAUCUUAAAGCUUAAACCCUAGAAAUUCUACUUACUUCAUUUAGGAAGUUUUGUAUUUUCCUUAGGAUUGGUUCUAGCUUUCAAAGUUUCACUUGGUAUUUUGACAUUUAGUUACAAAAUAACCAAUUUUUUUCAUUUCAAACUAUGUGGUAUAAGUGAAUCUCAAAUUAUAUAUUUUUUUCUAGACGAGAAUAUUGAUAUAUCAUAUAUGUUAUGAA